CUUUCCACCCUCCUUUCUGUGUGUGUGGAGCUGGCCUGGAGUCUCUACCUCUACCUGCCCGACAACUCCUGCUCCCUCCUCUGCCUGUCUCCUGUCUUCUGAAACCUUGGUCUCCAUCUCUGCUGGCCCAGACAAUGCCUCCCAACCUCACGGGCUACUACCGCUUUGUCUCGCAGAAGAACAUGGAGGACUACCUGCAAGCCCUAGACAUCAACGUGGCUCUGCGGAAGAUAGCCCUGCUGCUGAAGCCAGACAAGGAGAUCGACCAUCAGGGCGACCACAUGAUAGUGAAGACUCUCAGCACCUUCCGCAACUACAUUCUGGAAUUCGAGGUGGGAGUUGAGUUUGAGGAGGACCUGAGGAUCGUGGACGGACGGAAAUGCCAGACCAUAGUAACCUGGGAAGAGGAGCAGCUGGUGUGUGUGCAGAAAGGGGAGGUCCCCAACCGGGGCUGGAGACACUGGCUGGAGGACGAGAAGUUGUAUCUGGAACUGACGGCCAGGGAUGCAGUGUGCGAGCAGGUCUUCAGGAAGGUCAGAUAGCCGGACAGGAGCUGAGGCCCCCCCAGCUGACAGCACCGGUCCCCAGACCCCUCUUGCUUGUGCCAGGUCCCCAGUCCCACUUACCCUCCCUCUACGUCCCUCCUUACCCCUCCCCGUCAUCUGUAAUUUGCAGUCCCCAGGCCAAAGUCCUCUCUUUCUCAUACUCCACUGCUCAUACUGACCUCACCUCCCGGAUGAAAGAAGCAGGCAAAGGGAAAGGGCCCAUGAGGACGGCCAGUCUCUGCUUGCCCCGUUCAUCCAGCCUCUCAUUUUCCUUCUAAGGAAGAACUAAGCUUUGGGCAUUUGGGGGUUAGUGAAAAUUCUAUCCUGGUGGACCUUUUGGAAGACAAUGACUGGGGUUCAAGAGUUUAAACAGGAGCUAUUGGCAGA